AUGACCGCAGAAAGCAAAAAUUUUCGCUUAAGUCUUAAUUUAAAAAUUGCUGCUUUGUUUGUUGGAUGGUGGAAUUUAUUAAAUGAUUGUGUUUGCAUCGUAGCUUUGAUUGUUUUUCCAGGUCUUGUCUCUCGAAAUGAACGAUCACCAGCGUUGGUCUUCAGCAUUAUUUUAUUAUGCGUUUUAGGAAUUAUAAUUUUCUUCACUUAUUUAUACAUCGAUGGCAUUGAAAGUCGCAAUCAUCGAAAAUUAGAAGUAUUCCGAAUCAUUUGCAUUAUUUCAAUAAUACUCUACAGCAUAACAACAUUUGCAUUGUUGGAUAAAAGCACACUUGGAAGAUUUAAUAAUAUUCCGACAGAACAUUAUCUGAUGAUUAUUAUGGUGUCAAUAUUUCUCCUCUUUGUACAGAUUGUGGAAUUUCUUGUUGUGAAUUCUGCUUAUAAAAAAUUAAGAUAUGAACAAUUGCCAGCUCAAAAUCCAAUUAACAUAUUAAUUUAAGGAAAGUGUAAUUAAAUCUUACAUUAAUCUGUUUUAAACACAACCAACGUAGUAAAUUUCUAAGCAGAGUUGGAUCAUCGCAGUUCAUUGUUAAAUUCAAAGAAUGAAAACAAAAAAUAUUUUAUUCAAAUGUUUGCUAAUUUUAAUAGAGUUUAUAAAGAGUUGAAUGAAAAUAUGGAUAUUAAGAAAGAAAUUAUGUAUAAGAUUUCAUUCACGGACAGAGAAAUUAUUUUCAUUAUCAUUGACAUAGAACAGAAACAUUUUCUU